AUCAAAUGUCAUAGUCGAACGUCAGAUGUGUUGAAUGGCCUGUAUCUGUUCUCUCAGUUACUCAGUUCUCUGAUCUGUUAAUCUAUAUUCGGUUCUCAGUUAAAUUAUUCGAAUGAGUAUGUGAAAAAGUUAAUACAUAGGAGGAAAGGUAUACCGAGACAAAAUAAGAAUGUCCUUGAAAAUGGUAUUAUUGUUUUAGAAGAAAAUUGGCUGUAAAGCUGAAGAAAAUUCUAUCAAAAUGAGCAGUUCUCAUGGACUUUCCAAGUUGAAAAAGAAACAUUUUCGUGUGAAACAUCAAAAAGUAAAACUGUUUAGAGCGAAUGAACCGUUUUUAUCAGUAUUUAUGUGGGGAAUUAAUCACACAAUUAAUGAACUCAUGCAUGUCACCAUCCCUGUUAUGCUUCUGCCAGACGAUUUUAGAGCAUAUUCGAAAAUAAAAAUCGACAAUCAUCUCUUCAAUAAAGAAAAUAUGCCUUCACAUUUCAAAGUCAAAGAAUAUUGCCCAAUGGUAUUCAGAAAUAUCAGAGAAAGAUUUGGAAUUGAUGAUCUUGAUUACAAAGAGUCAUUAACAAG